AUGCGAUCUGCCUUGACAAUUACUGCUGUGACUCUGGCCAUCACCGCUCGAGCCCAGCCAGUCUUGCCCGUGGAUCCCACAAUCACGUCUCCUCCUACAAAACCUUUGCGUGACGUCAAGGCUCAGCCAGGCCGCCCAGCCGACUUUGCUAUUACUCAAGGGCCCAGCGAUGCCGAGUUGUAUCAACGGCAGAAUGGUGCAGACUUUGUUGGAUAUACUUUGAGCGGGUCUACAUAUCUGUCGGUGACCUGCCCGAGCGGCAACAUCUUCCUUACAAAUGCGAACUACGCUUUGUGCGGAACGGCAGGGCAGACUCAAGUUCCGACUGCCUGUAGAUCGAAUAGCGUCCUCGUCUACUCUGCAACCGUUCGUACAUGCUCCCAGGGCACCGGAUGUAGCCCAGACUGGUACUACGACAGCACCGAUGACAAGUCAGCAAAGGCAAUGUACGGCUGCGGUACGGCAGCACAGAGGACUUUCUACAGAACAGUCAAGACCAGCUCAACGACAACAUCGAAACCGACGACAACCUCAAAGCCAACAACUACAUCACAACCAACGACCACAUCACAGCCGACAACCACGUCAAAGCCAACCACGUCGUCUUCGAUACCUCCGCCGCCGCCAUCUUCGUCGUUGACCACUUCGAGUGCCCCUCCACCACCCUCGUCGUCUUCCGAAAAGAAAGAUCCCCCGACAUCAACCCGUAAAGACGAGCCGUCCGCAGAGUCGACAACCGAGCAGCCGAAGAGCUCCAAGGCGCCCGACCCUGAAACAACAAAGCAAGAUAGUGCACCGACGACUACAAAACAAUCUAAUAAUGAGGUCUCUAACGCCGGUAGCUCGUUGGUACCGGUGGAAACAAUCAAUGUCACGCAGACCAGAACCGUCACAUCAACAGCGACUUCCACGGACACACCCGGCGGCGACGUUAUGGAGAACAAAUCCGGCACGGACUCUGAUAGCUCCAACUCCAACAGCACCUCCUCCAACAACAACGGAGGCGGCAGCAGCGACAAGAAGGACCAGGCAUGGAUCGCCGGACCCGUCGUCGGCGGUGUCGGAGCCAUCGCCGCCGUCGUCGCACUCUUCUUCGUCGUCAGGCUUAUCCGCCGCAGAUCAGCAAAGGAAGAAGAGAGGGCCGCCCAUAUCGAGGAAUCCAUGCACGAGAAGCCCACAGACCACUCGCCAGUCUCCCCCUUCACGUCCGCGUCGCCCCAUCAGACCAUACGAUCGUCUGAGUUGCCGGCGUACCGCCAGGUAUCUCCGCCGUCGGAGUUGCAGCAGUCGGUGUACUCGGCAGAGCUGUCUGGGUAUUCGUCACCGCAGCAGAGCCGGGUGCAGUCAGCAGAGCUGCCUGCGUUCAUGGUGCCUCCGCAGCCACCUCAGCCGGUGGCAUCCGCAGAGCUUCCAGCGUAUCGGAUGGCAUCGCCUCCGGUAGAGCUACAAGGGGGAGCGCCCCAGGGCGGUGCUCCUAAUGGUGGUCAGUAUCUUCCUGGACAUUGGCAGUCGCCAGAUGAUUUUAGGGGCCGUUGA